CACAGACACAGACACAGGUGCUAUAGGACUGAAAGGACAGUCCUGCACAGACACAGACAAUGUUUCACGUAAUCUAGGUUAACCCUGAACUUGCUAUGUAGCCAAGGAUGGCCUUGAACUGAUCUUUCUGCCCCCUCUCAAGUGCCCGCUGUGCUUAGCCUAGCCUUUCUAUUACUUCUCUGAAAUAGCUCCUUACUGAAGUGAUGAUGGGACUUGGCCUAAUAGCUGUGAGCAUGAAAUGCCAGUUACGCAGUAGGUGAGACAGGAGGAUUGAAAGUUAAAGAUUUGCAGGUCUACAGAGUGCAUUCAAGACAAGUAUACUCCUCUGUUCCUACGUGAUUGCACAUGCAUGUGCACACACACACUACAGUCUCAUUUAAUGUGAUGGUUGGAUCUCACAUCCAGUUCAUUCUCAUAAUUGUUCACGUAUAAUUGUUUCAUUCUCUUUGUUUACCAUCUCAAUGACAAGUCCAUGCCAGACGACAUGCAAGGCACUGCCUCAACGAUUCAUACCAGCAGUGAACAGCUUCGACUCUUCGCAUUUGAGGCAGAAGUCAAUGAGAAUUUUGAAAUGGCAGCAGUAUAUUAUGAAGAGAGGUUGGUCCGUGAGCCCCAGAACCUGGAUCACUGGCUGGAUUAUGGUGCCUUUUGCCUUCUCACUGAAGACAUCACGAAAGCACAGGAGUGUUUCCGGAAAGCCCUUUCCCUGAACGAGAGUCAUAUUCACAGCUUGUUGCUGUGUGGUGUCCUGGCUGUCUUGUUGGAGAACUAUGAGCAAGCAGAAAUCUUCUUUGAGGAUGCUACGUGCUUGGAGCCCAGCAGUGUUAUCGCCUGGACUUUACUCGGGUUGUUCUAUGAAAUUCAGAAUAAUGACAUUCGAAUGGAAAUGGCAUUUCACGAGGCCUUCAAACAGCUUCAGGCACGAACCCUCCAAACAAAGCUGAAGAGCACCGGCACUGACGGCACUGACGAGGGAGUGAAGACGGAGCACAGUUUUGGCCCUUGGGGAGCCAUACACGAUUCUGCCACAGCCAUGAAGUCAGAAGGCCUGACAGGUUUGUUAUAUGUAGUGUCCUGUCUGCAUGUCUGCCUACUCACCAGAAGAGGGCACCAGAUCUCAUUACAGAUGGCUGUGAGUCACCAUGUGGGUGCUGGGAAUUGAACUCAGGACCUCUGGAAGAGCAGCCAGAAGCCAAUGCUCUUAACCUCUGAGCCAUCUCUCCAGCCCACUCGCCUGCUUUUUUACUCACAGUGUUAUCUCAUUGUGACUGGAAAAUAAACUUUAAGUUGAAUUCUUCAAAAUUAUUGAAACUUGUUUUUAUGGGCCAAAUAGUCUGUCUUGAUAAAUAUCCUUAAUGAAGACAGUGCUCUUCAGAUGUGGAUGAAGUUGUUAGCAGCUGUGCUUCAGUUGUCUGUCAGUUUGGGCACAGUUUUAAAGAUGGGAUUUCCCUUAGUAGCACAGGCUAGCCUUGAUCUUGCUGUCAUUCAGCCCCAUCUCCCAAGACUAUAGACAUGGGUCACCACACCUGGCUGGAGUUUUUUUUUUUUUUUUUUUUAGAAUAUUUUCCUCAACUAACUUUAUAAUUGUCUCAUGUUUAGAUCUUUAGGGAGUCCAUUUAAAAAUAUUCUGCUAGGUGGACAGUAUGUUUUAUUUUAUUUUUUUGUCCAGAUAGCUAUAUAGUUUUCUCUGCAAUCUCUACUAACUUCAUUAUUUCCCCCUUGAGGUAAGGUAUAUAUUCCUAAACUCUGACUUGUCAUCCUGACAUAUUUGUCAGAUGUAAACAUAUAUAUAUAAGCAUUGAAUACAUGUCUUUUAUGGCUAUGGUUUUGACCUGUGCCUUAAUAUCUGGCAUAUCAGGUUCUCACAUUUGUCUGUAUGGAUUUUAUAGUGAAUAUAGUAAGUGUAUUUUUUAA